GGGGAAGUGACUGCAGGCAAACCAGUGCAAGCAGAUGCUUAUAACAGAAAGUCUGCACACAUUAAAAUCACGUGAAUGGGAAUUUAUUCUUAAAAAGCUGGAGGAAGACCGGGUACUUACCCAUUCCAAAACUGUUACACUCAGAUGUACACUUCUCUCUCUGCUGCUGCUACAACAUAGGACUCACAUUCCAUGGAUUUUUGGUGCAUUAGGGGAAUGGCUUUACUGCCAUCAUUUCUGGUUAUUUGGUCUUCUGCAUCAUUUAUCAUCUCCUACAUUAUCUCUGUGUUUAGAGGAGAUGUGGAGCCGUUUGUGCCCUAUAUAAGUGACACAGGGACAACACCUCCUGAAAGUGGUGUCUUUGGAUUCAUGAUCAGUGUGUCGGCCAUGUUAGGUGCUGCUACAAUGUAUGCAAGAUACAAAAUAUUAGCAAAGCAAAAUGAUAUAUCUAGUUUUAUAAAACCUUGGCUCAAUAAAGCAGCAUUAGUAAUUGGAUUGAUUGGCUGUAUUGGUAUGGGUAUUGUUGCCACCUUUCAGGAGAAGCUAAUUCCAAUCGUCCAUGAUGUGGGAGCUCUCAUAACAUUUAUUGGUGGUGUUGUAUAUAUUGUUUUACAGUCUGUAAUAUCCUAUAUGUGCCGUACACAGUGGAACAGUAUGCGCAUGUGUUGUGUAAGAAUCUCUAUUUCCGUGAUAUCAGCGAUUGCUGUUCUUCCCAUGAUUGUAUUUGGUGCAUUAAUUGGAAUAACUAACAGUUAUUUGGAUCCACACGAGCAGGGUUACCGAUAUCACAUGGUAAGCGCUAUCUGUGAGUGGAUUAUAGCAUUCAGCUUUAACAUGUAUUUCCUAACGUUCAUCAAAGAUUUUCAGGGAGUCACUUUGAAGAUAACAACGGAAAUUCAUGACGACUUUAGAUGACAACUUCCAUCUUGCACCAGCAAAAAAAAAGGGACCAUGUUAACAUGCAAUUUGCACUUUUCAAAUGCAGGCAUUUCUGAUAUCAUUUUUGUUACUCUGAAUAAACCAAAAUUUACAAAUUU